AUGCCUUCGCCAGAGGUCCCCCCGCAGCAGCCAAGGCGGCCGCAGACGCUGCGCCGCCACCACUCCAGCCAGUCGUCGCAGGUCUCGCAGUCGCCGUCGGAUAGCUCGCAUGCCGGCCAGCAGCACCGCGCCGCCCAACACAAGGCGCAGAGACACAUUGUCGGCCACGGCCGCCUGGGCCAGCGCAACCCGUCGAGCAAGAAUCUGAACAAGCUGGGGGCCGCUGCCAAGCUGGCGCAGGCCGAUGGGCAGGCGGGCACGAGAAACCACCACCGGACGCUGUCGGGUAGCUCGACGGCCACGGCGGGCGAGGCUCCCGUCGUGCGGCCAAACCUGAAGCGCAACCAGUCGGCCGCCGUGGUACCGCGCAACCAGUCGCACGUGGCGCUGAGGAAGAAUCAUUCGAGCAGCCACCUGCCGCGCCAGGCCUCGUCCAAGAACAUCAACAAAGCGACGCGCGCCGAGCUCGAACAUCUGCGCAAGCAGGCCAAGAUGCGCCGUCGUUCCUCGCCCGAGACGGAGCAGCCCGUUGUCCGCUUCGAUCUCGGAGAGGAGGACGAGGGCGAGGAGGAGGAGAACUGGACAGAGGAGAGCGCCUCGCAGUCGCCCGCCACGACGCGCUCCAACACGCGCCAAAACUCGGUCGUCAUGGAGGCCCCCAAGCCCAAGCACCGUGCUCAAGCCGCCCUCCGCAACGACACGUCGGAUUCCGCCACCGAAACUGAAACCCCAGCGCCCAAGCCCAAGCCCAAGCCCGCGCAGGCACAGGCACAGGCACCCGCACCCGCACCCGCCCCGCCGCAGCAGCCACGCGCUCCCGAGAGACUAACAUAUAGCAGCAAUCAUAUCAAUGGCGCCAAUUCCUUCAACCAGCAGCCCCAGCUCCCCGACGCUGACAUGAUCACCUCCCGCAUCUUGCAGCGCAGCGCCUCGCACCGCCUGCCGCCCCAGGUUUCCGACAUCUCGGCCACCGUCGUCUCCGACUCUCACGACGCUCGCUCCCUCAGUCACUCCACCGGCUCCACCAUGAUUGACACCCCCGGCAACAAAGAGGCCGUCUCCCGAUUCAUCAACGGAGAGGGCUCUUCCGGCACCCCGCGUGAUAGCAGUUUUCUUCCGCACCGUCCCUCAUCAUCGGCCGGCGGCGGCGAUAUCACGCCCGGCAAGCGCAACAAGAGCGUGCCCAACAUGGCCGGCCAACGAGACGAAGCGACACCAAGUGGCCACACGCGCUCGCGCUCCGGUACCACUACUCCCUCGGAUCUGGCACCAAGUCGCACGCAACAGAAACUAUGGUUGCAGCGCGCAUCAUCCAACAUUGAGCCGCAGCAGAAGAACGAAUUCCUGCAGCGCCAGGGCCACGGCGGCAGCCAGGUCUUCACGACGGCCGUGACGUACACGGCGUCGGGUGACAUGGUCGUCGACCGCGAGCUGCUCCGCCGCUUCGACGAGGCCACGACUGAAUACCGCGUGGUGCGCCGCUUCCGCAAUCCGAUUGCCGACGCCAUUGCCCGCCUCUCGGCAUACCCCUCGGGCCUGCGCAGGCGGUACCUUGCCAUGCGCGCCACGUCUAGCAGCGGGCCGGCGCCGCCCGCUGCGGGUGCUGCUGCAGCAGUGGAAAACGGCUCCGCGAACCGCCGUAGCAAAGUCUCCUUUGACUUACCGAUGCGCAGCCGUGACGACAGCGACGUGGGCGCUCGGCGCGAGAGCGGCGACAGCUCCCUCUCGAGCGGGAGUGAGGCGGGGGGUAAUCAGUCCCGUGGACCCAAGGACGAGGUAGAGGAACUGUGUCGCAGGAUAUGGGAGCGGAAUGAGAUGGCUGAGGGGGACUGA